GGAGUAGUCAACAAGAGCCUGGCUAAUCUGGUAAAAGGUCGGGCCCCAAUAAACGAAACAACGGAAUGGGAAUUUGAGGCCCAAAUUUGUUCUUAAGCAAGAACAAAUAUCCCUUAUAUAUUUUGUUGUGGUCACGGAUGAUUCAUCUCCUUCCACUUUCUUUUUGUUCUUAAAGUUUGAAAUUUGGGUUUUGUAAGAUUAGAGAGUGGAGAAACUGGGCACAUGGGGUUGGCCUCGUCCCCCUUGUUUUCAACUUCAAUAGCUGUUAGCAGCAGCCCUUACACCACCAGGAGGCUCAACCACCGCCACCACCAGUGCCUCAGCUCCCUUGCUUCUCCUCAGCUUCCCCCUUCUUUCUUGUUCAGGGAAUCCGCAAUUCUAAAUCCUCGUCGAACCUUGUUACGUUUUCCCAAAUAUACCAUCUGUAAAGUAUCUAGCAGCCAAGCGGAAGUUGAUGAUGGUUUAAAUGACGAGGCUUGUGAGCUAGUAAGUGGAGCGGAGCUAUCCAUAGGGGAGGGAGUUGACAGCAUUGGUGCUCAUCUCUUCAAAGCAGUGAAGAACAACAAUGGGACCGGCAUAUUGCUCUUGUCCGAUAUUUUUGGUUUCGAGGAUCCUGCUACUAAAGAUUUUGCCUAUCGUGUUGCCUGCAAUGGUUACAAUGUUCUAGUGCCAGACUUGUUUCGCGGGGACCCAUGGGCAAAGAACAGACCAAAGGCUUCAUUUGAAGAUUGGCUUGCCAAACAAACUCCGGAGAGGAUUUCUAAAGACAUCACAACAUCUACAGAGUGGAUGAUGGAUGAAUUUGUAGCUGCAGGAAUCUCGCAAAAGCUCGGUAUCAUGGGGUUUUGCUUUGGAGGUGGCCGAGUAAUUGAUGUGCUUGCGCAAGACCAGGGUGUCUGUUUUGGCAUUGGGGUUUCGUUCUAUGGCACACGGAUUGACCCAUCUGUAGCUGCUAAUGUGAAGGUACCUGUGUUAUUCAUUGCAGGAGACAAUGACCCGCUUUGUCCUGUCAAUGCCUUGGAAGAUAUUGAGAAGAAAGUGGGUAAUGGAUCUACGGUGUUGAUUUUCAGAGGAAGAGGCCACGGGUUUGCCCACCGGCCAGAAUCUCCUGAAGAGGAUGAAGAUGCAGAACAAGCUUUUACGGUCAUGAGAAAUUGGCUGCAUGAUGGCUUGGUUGCAGGGACAUGAUUGCUUGUUUGUUAGAUUUUAUUUGUCCAAUGUUUGUAAUAUAAUGACCUAAUCGAUAGAGUUUUCAAUGUGAAGUUAUAAUUCGUCAUGGGUGCAGAUGACUGUUUGGAUCAA